AUGGUAAGAAAUGAUGCCGAGCUGGUUAAAAGUAUUUUUAAAACUGUGGUGACGAGACUGGUUAAACCCUCUAUUCAGUCCAAAGGGCUUGUAGGAAUUGAAGAAAAAAUUACAGAUGUAGAGCAGUUGAUACGCAAGGACCCAAAGGACACCAGUUUCAUUGGAAUUUGGGGUAUGGCUGGUAUUGGCAAGACAACCCUUGCAGAACAAGUAUUUCAUAGACUACGUUCUGAAUAUGAAGGACAUGCUGUGAAAAUUGACACACCAACUUCGUUGCCUCAAGAGAUUCUAAGGAGAAUGAGUUGUAUGAAGGUUCUUAUUGUUCUUGAUGAUGUGAAUGAUUUAGAUCACACAGAAAAGUUACUAGGAACUCUAGAUAAUUUUGGAUCGGGUACAAGAAUAAUUGUAACAACUAGAGAUAAGCAAGUGCUGAAGGCCAACAAAGUCGAUAAGAUCUACCAGCUCAAGGAAUUCAGUUCAAAGGAUGCUCUUGAACUUUUCAAUAUGAUUGCCUUUGACCAAAGUGAUCAUCAGAUGGAGUUCAAUGAGCUAUCACAGAGGGUGGUCGAUUACGCUCAUGGAAUUCCAUUACUUGUUAAAGUUUUAGCUCGUCUUCUUUGUGGAAGAAACAAGGAAGUAUGGGAAAGUCAGUUACACAAGCUUAAAAAAAUGUCUCUUACAGAAGUUUAUGAUGUCAUGAAACUGAGUUAUAAUGGUCUAGAUCGCAAAGAGAAACAAAUCUUUUUAGACCUGGCAUGUUUCUUUCUUAGAUCUCAUGUAAGGGUAAAUAGUGGUGAUCUAAAGUAUUUACUGAAAGAUGAUGAAAGUGAUGAUACAAUAGUUGUAGGGUUAGAAAGGCUGAAAGAUAAAGCUCUUAUAACUUUUGACGAUAACUCUAUCUCUAUGCAUGAUGCUUUACAAGAAAUGGCUUGGGAGAUUGUUCAUCAAGAAUCUAGCAAACCUGGAAGCACCAAUUGGUUGUUAGAUCCAAAUGGUGACGUUUAUCAGACAUUGAAAAAUGACAAGGGUCUUGGUGGCAUUAGAAGCUUACGAAUCCACUUGACAACAACUGGGAAGAAAAAGCUAAUCCAUGGCUUAUUUGCUGAGAUGAGCAGACUACAGUUUCUAGAAAUUUCUGUGGAAAAUAAUGAUGAUUUGUUUGAUCAAGUUUAUGCCCUUGCUAAAGAGCUCCAAUUUUUGGAAACUGAACUUAGAUUUCUUUGUUGGUUGAAUUAUCCACUGAACUCCUUGCCAGAGAAUUUUUCUACUGAUAAACUUGUAAUAUUGAAGUUACAAUACGGAAGAAUGGAAAAACUUUGGGAUGGAUUUAAGAAUCUGGUGAAUUUGAAAGAGCUUGACCUCAUGCACUCCAAGAAAUUAAAAAAGCUGCCAGAUUUAUCACAAGCAACAAAUCUUGAAGUACUGGUCCUAUUGGGUUGUUCUAUGUUGACUAGUGUGGAUUCCUCUAUUUUCUCUCUGCCCAAACUCGAAAGUAUUAACCUUUCGGGCUGCAAAUCUCUAACCCUACUCACAAGCAAUUCCCACUUUUGCAACUUCAGUUAUCUGAAUCUUGAUUUUUGCAAGAAUCUAAGGGAGUUUUCACUGAUAUCACAGAAUAUGAAAGAACUGAGAUUAGGAUUUACAAAGGUCAAAGUACUUCCUUCAUCAUUUGAAUGCCACAGCGAGCUUAAAUCGCUGCAUCUAACAAGAAGUGACAUUGAGAUGUUACCUUCUUCCUUCAACAAUCUUACUCAACUGCAACAUCUAGACAUAAACAAUUGCAACAGGCUUCGAACAAUAGUAGAGCUUCCUCCGUCCCUAAAAACUCUAGAAGUCAGCAAAUGCAAAUCUCUUCAGAAUCUGCCAAACCUUCCAUCGUCUCUUAAAACUUUAAAUGCCAUUGAAUGCAAAUCAUUGAAGACUGUAUCGUUUCCUUCAACAGCUGAUGAACAAUUAACGGAAUUCAAGAAACGGUUUUUGUUCUGGAAUUGCAGGAACUUGGAUGAAAGUUCUGCAGAGGCUAUUGGGUUGAACGCACAGAUGAAUCUCAUGGAACUUGCAAACCAGCCUCUCCAUACACCAAGUCAAGAACAUCAUGAACUUUACAAUGAUUAUGAGUAUAAUUAUCAUUCUUAUCAAGGUAUUUACGUGUACCCAGGAAGCAGUGUUCCAGCAUGGUUCAAGCACACGGAAACAAAUGGUGAUAUAAUAAUCGAUCUCUCUUCUGCUUCACCUUUCGAAUUAUUUGGCUUUAUUUUUUGCUUCGUCCUUAAUAAGUUCCAUGACACAGAUAUCAUUGGAAGACUUGAAUUUAACAUCACUAUAAGCGAUGUUGAUGAUGUUGGUGAAGGUAAAAUGGGCAGUGUCAAAAUCUACAUAGAUUGUUAUUCAGAUUGGUCAGUUGCACCAUAUCACGUGUGUGUGAUGUUCGAUCAAAGAUGUUCUGCCACCUUAAAUAACAUAGCCAGAAAACAAAAGAGAUUUAAAAUGAAUGUUUCAGUAGGGGCACGAAUCGAGUUCUAUGAUAAUUAUCAUGAAUUGGCGCAGGAGGUAUUGAAAGGAGUUGGAGUCAGCCCAAUAAGCAUCUCAGCAUAUAACAUUCAGCAAAUUGAAUUGUGA